AGGACAUUUACGACAGAAAUGUUGUGUUUACAGUCGCUGCCUGCUGUUGCCUAGCAACCGGACGCUGACCUGCUGCACUGCGACACUGGGAUGAGUGUCUCAGUUUAUAACAAGCGUUAAUUUAAUAUAUUUAAAGAUUUGACUGCCAAGUUUAUAACGUUAAAGUAAAAGGUGUCGGGAAUGUUUCCCGCUCAAACUGAUCUUAACGAACAAGCAUCCGUGUUUAUCUGACGUUAUUCAGCUAGUUGCUAUGCUAAAGCUGUUAUGCUAACUGACUGGAGGCAACGUUGCCUUCAUGGACUAUCGGACAUAUCCUAAUCAUGGUCAAGAUUAGUUUAAAGAUUCGUUUCUCAUUCAGCGAAGCGUUUAUAUUCAUAUAAUAAUUAUAGAAGCAUAAAGUGAUGGUCCUCUGUGUCUGACUGGACGGUAAGAACUGAUUCCACGCUCCUAUAUGUCUGUGAUAAGUACAGUUAAAUGAUAUGAAGGUGUAUUUGUUUUACAUGCUUACAGUAAAACUAAGUAAAAUCCGCCCAAUAUAAACCCUAACCCCUAAACUGAGCAUCACUAAUGUCUGACAGCGUCGCUGGAGUUUACAAGCAGUCCGUGAAGGCAGCAGAGUUAGCUAACGUUAGCAUAGUGAAAAGCCAGCCUGCAGAGCAGCAUCAGCAUCAUCAUCAUCAUCAUCUUCAUCCGGAUAUAAUAAUCCUGACACAGACGCAGGCGGACCUCACAGGACGAGACGACACCACAGCAGCGAUGAGUCGCUUCUGUUCGGACAACAACAACUUCCCGUACGACAACAACGUGCUGGUCCUUGAUAUGGUGCUGGGCUCCCUGAAGGGAGUCGCACCGCCCAUCAGCUGGGACAACGUUGCCAAACUGGUGCCAGGGUUCACCCCCAAGGAGUGUGCUCGUCGAUUUGAGGAGCUGAAGACUGGGGGGGGUCUCACUCAUGUGGACGACCAAUGUAACGCCCUGACAGAAGUAAGCCCCGCCCCCUCAGACGACCUGUCGUCCCUGCUGGAGUGUGGGGGGGUGGAGGUGACAGGAAGCAGCCUGAGCGGCAAACUGACAGGAUGUAAAUCUGCUGCUUCAGGUCGAGUCAGCUCUGUGGAGAAGAAGGAGAGACGACGAUCAUCAGAGGAGGACGACAAGACACACCGAGUCAGAGAUCCCAACAUGGUGAUCCACGUGUGCGACGAGACAAAGAACCUGAAGCAGGACUUCACCUGUCCCAGAGAUCUUCUGGUGAAGGAGAUGCGUUACUUCGCUGAGUAUCUCUCGGUGGACUCUCAGCGGUGGGAGGAGGUCGACAUCUCCGUCCACUGUGACGUCCAGAUCUUUGAUUGGUUAAUGAACUACGUCAGGAGGAACUCUGCAGGGGGCGCCAAGGACAAGCCCCGCCUCGAACCCAGCAACGUGAUCUCCAUCCUGAUCUCCUCAGAGUUCUUGAAGAUGGAUUCAUUAGUGGAUGAGUGUAUCCAGUACUGUCACAAACAUUUGAGCGCCAUCGUGGCGACGCCUUGCAACAUGAACUGCAUCAACAGCAACCUCGCCACUCGCAUCGCUGAACUCUUCAACCACAACGAGGCCGACGACAUCCGGGACAAGAAGGACAAAUUUAAAAGUAAAUUGUUUCAGAAGAAGAUGGAGCGUCUCUUUGAUCCAAACUUCACCUGCAGAGACUCACCUGGGAACGCCUCCACACUGUACAGGUGUGGCGUCUGCCUGAAGCUGCUGACCAGAGACACGGAGACGAAGAUCUCGUGUGUUCCAGGAAAGAUCAACGUGGACGCUCGAGGCGAGAUCGUGUACACACACAGCAGACAGAGGAGCUGGGACGUCCAUGAGUACCUCUCCGGUCUGUAUGAGGAGCUGAAGUCCUGGGUCCUGGUCUACUGGAGGAUUUGGGGGACCAUCAACUACCUCACCUGCUCCCGCUGCCAACAGGUGUUUGUUUGUGCAGAGCUCACACACUGUCAAUACCACCCUGACUCUGUGGUGUACGGUGGUCUUGGAUCAGAGAGAGGCUGGCAUGGAGCAGGACUUUACCCCUGCUGCAAGCAGAGGGUACUACGCUUUGACCCCACGGGGAUACCCAAGGGCUGUAAGACGAGAGACCACAUAGUGAACGUUCCUGAUGAAGAGAGUUGUGAUGACGAGGCGUCCGCUCAGACGAGAGUCCUCAACGACCUGCUGCUGCACAGAGACGCAGUGUGUGUGUCACACACACCUGCAGACAGUGUGUGUGUGUCGGAGAAGACAGAGAAGAUUCAGGACUGUGAUGUUCAGUUGGAGCCGACUCUGCUGGGACGUCUGAGAGGAGACACAGGAACUUUUUCUCUCCUGAAGAACUGGAGUCUGCAGCUGAGGCAGCAGUCUCUGCUGUCGGAGGAUGAGGAGUACACCACGGGGUCAGAGGUCACUGAGGACGAGGUGGGCGAUGACGAGGAGCUCAACAAGAAGCAAGGUGCUAAAAAGAACAAAAAGAUUCAAAGACCUCUGAAGAAACAGAUGUCAUCUCCAAACGUCCACCGCAGAGACAAAACAGAGAAGACCAGAGACAGCACACCUUUCACGGUGAGUGUGCAGAAGAGUAAGUGGGACAGUUCUCGCUCUCUGAGGUUCAAUCAGGACGCUCAGAGGGAGGAAGACCAACGCAGGAUGGUGGAGAUCAUCGGUCACCUGACCAAGAUGAGGUUCGGAGAUCAGGAACAGAGCAGGUCUAAAGAUAAUAAAGAGCCUUCAGGGGGGAUCUAUGCCAGACUGGAGACUCAGUUUAAGAGUUCAUCUCAGAGCAGACAGAGUGCAGAGAAGACCCCCAGGUCGAAGCUUCGUUACGCUCAGAUCAGAACAACAUGAAGACCUGAUGCAGAAACAGGAGGAGGAUCUGUGCUGCUGUUUAAAUGUUUACUGUGAUGUUCUUCAUUCAGCAGCUUCUUCACAUAUAUAUAAUAAAUGUUCUUCCUGUCCACUAGGGGGCAGUGUGUCAUAAAGCGAAAAAUAAACUGAAGAACACCUUCA